AUGGCUACAAUUGCUCGCGCGAAUGAAUGGAUGAACACAUCUGGGGAGACAGCCCCAGUGUGGGUGCAUCGUAUGCCCUUCUCUGAAUAUCCUCAUUUCGAAGCGUUAUCGCAUGAUACCACAACAGACGUAUGCGUAGUCGGCUCCGGCAUAGCAGGUAUAUCCACUGCGUAUGAACUCAUCACCCGCGGCAAGAGGGUGACCAUGAUCGACGCUCGGAACGUGCUUUCCGGGGAAAGUGGGAGAACUAGUGGUCAUUUGUCAAACGCCCUAGAUGAUGGCUAUCGCGAGAUUGCGAAGAAGCACGGGUGGAAAGGAGCGACAGUCGCGGCCGAUAGUCACACCUGGGCUAUCGACCGGGCAGCAGAUAUCGUUAAGAAACUCAACCUGGAUUGCGAGUUCCGGUACCUACCAGCGAUUAAGAUAUCUCAGUACCCUCGCGAGGAUCCCAAGCAUGAUGAGGAAGUGGGCAUGAUCCGGGAUGAAGUUGAUUGUGCUACGAAAGCUGGCAUAACUGUUUCUUUCCGCGAAGGUCUUACUGUCCAGGGAUGGGACGGCGAAAUCGACCAGCGAGACGGAGCUUUAUUUCUCGGUCAAGCUACCUUCCAUCCUACCAAAUAUAUGGCUGGUCUGCUUGAGUGGUUGAUGAAGCACCCAAACUUCCAAUGUUUCACCCAUACCCGAAUGGCAUCUAUCGAAGAGAACGACCAUGUCCGGGUGCGCACAGCUAAUGGCAACUCAAUUACUGCUAGUGAUAUAGUUGAGACAACCUGUAUUCCGAUCCAGAAGUUAAGCAUCGUUGCGGAAUUGGAAUACAUGCGAACAUACUGCAUCGCCAUCCGGGUACCUAAGGAUUACAUUGAGGACUGCCUGAUUUACGACCAGGCCAAAGCGUACAAGUAUGUUCGCUUUACGAGCUGUGACGAAAACGAAGAUUACCUAGUUAUUGGAGGCUGCGAUCACAAAGUUGGCCAGGAUCAAGUGGAGGGUCGCUUCCAAGAGCUGGAGACAUGGGUGCGCCAGCGAUUCACCAGGGCCGGCUCCGUUGACUACAAAUGGAGCGGACAGAUUUUUGAGCCAGUAGACUAUAUGGCUUUUAUUGGAAAGAACCAAGGAAUGAAUCAUACCUACGUCGUCACAGGCGAUAGCGGAAAUGGAUUAACCCACGGUAUAUUGGCCGGGAAACUGAUCGCAGACGAAAUUGAAGGGGUCGAGAACCCAUGGGCGAGCCUCUACGAUCCCAAGCGGCUGGCUAGUAUAGCCGAGUCGACUGGAAGCAUGCUGAAGCAUGACAUGCAAAUUAAUAGCCAGUAUAAGCGCUAUUUGCACUCCGACAUCAAAGAUAUCGAGGAUCUCGCGGUGGGCAGUGGUGGUGUUGUUAACAAGGCCAGCACGGGAGGACCCAUUGCCGUAUACAAAGAUGAGGGAGGUCAGGCGCAUCGCUUCAGCGCUAUCUGCCCUCAUAUGAAAGCGGUCCUCAGUUGGAACGCCGCGGAGAAGAGCUGGGACUGUCCGGUUCACGGAAGUCGGUUUAGCUGCGAUGGUGUUUGCGUUCAGGGCCCUGCCAAUUCCAAUCUGAAGCCCUUGGAUGGCUUUUCGAAAUCCAAACAGCAGGAGCAAGAAGUACUGUAA